AUGGGAGGCGCUGUCUGGCGCUGGGCGCUGCGCGCCGCCCGCCUCCUGCCCGGUGGCGGGAGAGCUCUGGCGCGGCGGCGGGGCCGCCCGGGCUGCACGCCCGCCGCUUGCGCCCCUCCGUCCGCCGGCUCCGCGUCCUCAAGCUCUGGGGAUGAGGCUCUGAGGGACAGACGUGCGCGGAUCCUGUUGCGAGGGCUGCCAAAGCAGAAGCCCAUAGAAGGGGUUAAGCAGGUGGUGGUUGUGGCUUCUGGAAAAGGGGGAGUUGGAAAAUCAACAACAGCAGUAAAUAUAGCCCUCGCCCUAGCAGCAAAUGAUUCGGCAAAAGAAGUUGGUUUGCUUGAUGCAGACAUAUAUGGACCUUCAAUUCCAAAGAUGAUGAACUUAAAAGGAAACCCAGAAUUAACACCAAAAAAUCUAAUGAGGCCCCUUAAGAACUAUGGAAUCGCAUGCAUGUCUAUGGGUUUCUUGAUAGAAGAGACUGCCCCAGUUGUGUGGAGAGGGCUCAUGGUAAUGUCAGCUGUUGAAAAAUUGUUGAGACAGGUUGACUGGGGUCAACUGGACUAUUUAGUGAUUGACAUGCCACCUGGGACUGGAGAUGUACAGCUGUCAGUAUCACAGAAUAUUCCAAUUGCAGGAGCUGUGAUUGUCUCCACUCCACAAGACGUGGCUUUAUUGGAUGCACACAAAGGAGCUGAAAUGUUCAGAAAAGUCCAUGUACCUGUUUUAGGACUAGUUCAAAAUAUGAGUGUUUUCCAGUGUCCCAAAUGUAAGCAUGAGACGCAUAUUUUUGGAACUGAUGGCGUAAAAGAUCUGGCAAAAACUCUUGGAUUGGAUAUUUUGGGAGACGUUCCACUGCACAUCAAUAUACGGGAGACAUGUGAUUCAGGACAGCCUGUUGUGAUCUCUCAGCCUCAAAGUGAUGCUGCUAAAGCCUAUCAUAAGAUUGCUAUGGAAAUAUUAAGAAGACUACCAGUACCUCCUGCUUGAAGCAUUUGCCACUGAAAUUUAGCAAAAAAGUGAUAUUUGAUGCUGCAGUGCAGAAGAGUCCUGUUACCUAAUACAUGGAGGCCAUAUGUUAGUUCUAAGAACUUCUUUAGGAAUUAAUUUACCAGAGGUUAAAUUAUGAUUGUGAUAAUUACUGUUUUUCACAUUGUUGUUUGGCCAUGUCCAGAAGGAUUUAAGUAUGCAAAUGAUGACAGACAGUAUUAACUGCUGAAUUGUAACAUCAUCAAGCAAGAAGGGAAGAAGUACAUUUUUUCCGUGUGCCCUAUUUUAAAGUCAAGAAUGAAAAAC